AUGCGGGCUAUAGAUACAGCCCCGAAACCACCUCCUGACGGGUUCGCGCUGGCCGGCGGCGUGGCAGGACCGCACGCGGGGGCGGCGUCACCGUUCAGCGCAGCCGGGGGCGGUGGGGGCGGCGCCGCCGCCGCCGCCGCCGCCUCCGCAGCCAGCAACACGGGCCGGACCAACUUCACCAACAAGCAGCUCACCGAACUCGAGAAGGAGUUCCACUUCAACAAGUACCUGACGCGAGCGCGGCGCAUCGAGAUCGCGUCCGCGCUCCAGCUCAACGAGACGCAGGUCAAGAUCUGGUUCCAGAACCGCCGCAUGAAGCAGAAGAAGCGGCUCAAGGAGGCGGCUGCCAGCGGCGGGCUACUAGGUCAGGGGGCGGCGGGGGCGGCUGGGGUGGCGUCGGAGGCGGCCGCCGUGCUCAGCAGCGCCAGUAAUUCGCCCACUGCCGCCGGAGCCGCGCUCAGUGAGAACAGCCAGGAGGCCUCGCCUCGGGCCACUGCGUCUGAGCACUAG